UGCUCCACUCCCUGUCCCUCCCCCUGCAAGCCCAUCCCCUGUGUCCUCUCCCUGCUCCUCCAUGGCCCUAGGUCCUCGCCUCCUGCCCACCUACCACCACCUCCAUCUCUCACCUCUAAUGGGGCUCAUUAAGGAAAUGAGCUGAGUCAACAAAUCCUCACUACAGUUGAAAAGGCGGAAUGGCUCCUGGGAAUGCCUGCUUUUUAAAGGGAGGCACUGCCCAGGCAGCGAUGUUUCCCCGGCUCCUAUCUAUCUUGUCCCUCCCCUUCUUUAAAAUGCCUUUGUCUCGCUGUAGAAUUUUGAGUAAAUGCCAGAGGCCUUAGCUAAGGCCAAAAGUCCAUAAUUAGUUCUCAUUCUGAGCUAAAUCUGAACCCAGUUGCUGCUGCUGCUUCCUGCUCCUUAUUUAAGAAUAGACUCAAAUGCCACCUCCUGUAGACCAUUCCCCGAAUGCCACAACCCCAGCCUCCCCAGACGCACACCCCCUGUCCUGACCCUGUCAGAGCCCUUAGCACAUCCUGGGUGUGCCAUGUUGUCCAACUGUCCCUGCCACCACACAGGGAGCUCAUGAAAACAUAAAAAAGAUCUGGCAUACACUAUGGCCCGCAUCAUCGACCUGGUUCCCUGGGACGAUGGCUCCACCCACGUGUACGCGUCCCCAGCCAUCCUGCUCCCCAUGGAGCGGCAGAGAAACCAGUUGGCCGGCGUGAAGCAGCAGCUCUACCACCCGUCCCUGCCCAGCCUGCGCCGCAUGGACAUGGAUAAUGCCAGGGCCUGCCUGUCGGACGAGCACUGCCAGACCACCACCUACUGCCGCAAAGAUGACUUUGACAACGCACACUACACACUCCUUGGUGUCCCCAACAAACCCCUGCAGUGCUUGGACAUCACCGCCACUGGCCAGAAGAUCCGCCACAGGUGCCGCGAGGGAAAGCUGGCGCCCAUCCCCCCGGGCAUCAACCGAAUCAGCUGGCCCAGCUUCACGCGCGCCAUCGAGGACUGGUCCCGUUUCGUGUCCUCUGCCGGCGAGUUCAAGCUGCCCUGCCAGAGCCAGAGGGUCGAGAGUUUCAGCGGCUACGCGGUGCGCUAUUUGAAGCCGGAGUUGACCCAGAACUGGCGGUACUGUCUCAACCAGAACCCCAGCCUGGACCGCUACGGACAGAAGCCCCUGCCUUUCGAUUCCCUUCGUGUCAACUACCUGACCCCCUGGCACUAAUCCGUGAAAAGCAGGCCGAUGCCCAGGCUGCUGGACCAUGCCACCUCAGUUUCCCAGCUGGACAGAGGGGGUACGGUGGCAGCCCCCAACUCCCCAAGCGUUCAUCCUCACUGGAAAUAAACCUAAUGAUCCCACAGGGAGGCACCAGGCUCAUAUCCUGUGUGUGUGUGAGUGUGUGUGUGUGUGUGUGUGUGUGUGUGUGUGUGGCAGGGGCUGGGAGUGGCCAGGACCUGCAGAUGACAAUAUCUUACCCUUUCCUGCCCCUACCGACUCCUGCAGGACUAGUGGGGCAGGAGGAAAAGUCUGGCGACCCCGGGAAAGAAUCAGGAUCUAAGCCCCGAGGCCCAGCUGGGUGUGAGAUGCAGAAACAGGUUGAGAAUUGGGGUUUCCUUGUGUCCUGUCCCCUACUUAUAGCCCCACAAGCAAGUCCCCUCCACCUUGGACUGUGAACUUGAGCCCUAAAGAGAAAAGAAGAGGU